AGACGCUAUUUUCACGCACAUUAUAAAAUAGACAUUAAAACUAAAUUAAAUACUAUAUGUAAUUAAAUAUGUCUAUGCGGAGACAAGUUAUAUCUUUAUAUCGCAAAAUGUUGCGAGAAUCUGGAAAACUGGGACCUUACAAUUUUCGUAUGUAUGCUAUUCGGAAAAUACGAGACACAUUCCGAACAAAUAGGACAAUCGAUUUUGAAGAAAUUAGUAGACAACUCCAGCUAGCUGAACACAAUUUGGAAAUUAUUCGUCGGCAGGCUAUUAUUGGACACCUGUAUAACGUGGAUAAACUUGUUAUCGAACAAUCAAAAAAGUCCGCAUAGCACAUAUGACUAAUGAAAGAAUGACAAAAUUCAACAGAUACCUGCUGCUUUGUUUAUGAAACUGCAAUAUUAUAUUGCAAUGUAUUACUAUACUAAUAAUAAAUUGUUGUGCUUAAAAUAUUUAAUAGAAAUGUAUAAUUAUAUAUUGUAUAUGUUAAAGAUUUAUUAAUAUAUUAAUUUCGUGUUAAAUUUUUAACUCUGAAUUACGAAAA